AUGCAUGGAGGUAUUGGUCCACAACUCCAAACAGUUGAACAAAUUGCUGCUCUAAAAAGACCCAUAGAAUUUUGCACAGAUGUUGUAGAACCAAUCGUUUGGAGUGAUCCAAAACCUGAGCUUAAUAUGACUUAUUUUGCAUCACCACGCGGCCAUGGAUACUAUUUCAAUGAAGAAGCCCUUAAAACAUUUUUAACACGAAAUAACUUAAGAGGACUCAUUAGAGGACACCUUUUCGUCGACGGAGUUUCCAUAAUGUUUAAUGGCGCAUGUAUUACCGUAUUCUCUGCCUCCAACUAUGUUCCAGAAAUGGAAAAUAAUUCUGGCAUAUUAUAUAUCGAUGAAGAAAACAAUUAUAUUCCUAUAGAAUACUCUCCUCUGAAUACACCAAAGCGCCGCAUAGCAGAAAAAGUAAUUCCAUCCCUACCGAUGUAUGGCACUCCACAGAAAAGCGCUUUACUGAUACCAAAGAUAGUUAAGUGUGAAAAAGCGGUCAAGGUUAAUAAUUUCGCGGUUAAUAGACCGCGGAGUAUGUCGGUUAAUGUUCCAUUUGAUAGAAGUAGUAUAUGUUGA